AUGCAGUUUUUCACCGCCAAAUCUGUUCUAUACUUCCGUAUAGCCGUCAUGCUAUGGUUGUCUUUUAUGCUCCUUAAGAAUCCGUUGGCUCUUACUAACGCCAACUUCUCUCUCCUUUUGGGUCAGGCAAUGCGUUUGCCUACCGUUCAAGUGACCGCUUCAAACCCGUUGUUUGGCCUUCUUGCCAUGUUCAUCACAGCAUACGCCUUGGGCGACUUGGUGCCUAUCUUGUCUGAGAACACAUCAUACUUUGAGACUUACGUUCCAGUGAGAUUGAUGUUCAACUUUGUCCUCGGCGGUUUCUGCAUCUUCUCCAACUUUGGCUUGAUUGCCAACAACUUGGUCUUCACGUUUGCAUUCUUCGAGAUCUGGCUUAACUUCUUGAUCUAUAACAACUUGAAGGAUGAAAAGUAUAAGCGUGUGAAGACGUAUCUUGAAGAGCACGGCGAUGAGCUUAGAAAGACCGCCGAUGCCCAGGUUGUCCCUCUUUAA